CCCACCCCCACCCGAGUGAGCCUUCCACUACCACCACCCUCCGGACAUCCUCGGGAACAAGAGUCAGGCUCUGCAUACACCAUCAAGAAGCCCGCAGCCUCUCUCAGAUCCCACCUGGUCCCCAUCCUGCGUGGGUCUCUUCUUCCAUCCCUUCUUUUGGGGGCGGCACUGCCCCCUGAAAAAUGCUGCUGCCCCCUCUGAAAAGUGACGCCCUAGGCAAAUGCCUUGUUUGCCUUGUGGUAAAUACGCCCCUGGUUGUGGGGAGGCCCCAUUCACAU